CUCCUAUAAAGCGGCCAUAAACCCCACCGCCGAGCCAAGGAACGCCGCCCCCGCCCCCGCUCCACCCAUCCAUCAGCUAGGUUGCAUAGCAGCUAGGUCGGGCGGGCGGGCAUGCAUGCACCUCCCCCCGCUCUACUCCCGGUAGAACAGCGAGCUUGGUGGGCGCGCGUCACAAGGCAGCCGAGGUAAAAGACAGCAACCAACCGCCGCCGCUGCGCUGGCUCUAACAAACCACCACAGAACAAGAUCGGCCGCGAGGCCGCCGAGCUGCUGCUGAGCUCACGCCUCACGCGGUGAGGUUGGAGUGAAGGAAGGGAGAGGAGAGAGAUCUGGCUGCUGCUGAGUCCCGAGACCUCACAGUCGCGGCCCGCCACCAUGUACGCCGACGCCGGGUUCGGCUUCGCCGCCGCCUACUCCCCGGCCGCCCUCGCGUCCUCGCAGCACCAGCCGGCCUACGACCUCGCCUUCUCCUCCGCGGCCGCGCACCCCGUCGUCUCCAUGGACGCCGUGGCCUCCCUGCCGGAGAUGCCCGCCGCCCACCUGGGGAACAUGGUACAGUCAUCCCUGGUGUCAGAAUAUGACCUUGGAGGAGAAGGGGACCUGUUCAAAGCUCCAGAAGUCAUCAUCGAAGAACCGUUGCUCAGCAUUGAUCCUGUUGCAGCUGCCAUCUCAAUGAUGUCUGGCAGUGAAAGCGCAAUGGAUCAAACUAUUAAGGAUGCAGGCAUCAGCACCAUUCAAAAUGACCCUCUCCUAAGUGAAGUGUUAUACGAGUGCGAGAAGGAACUCAUGGAGAAGUCUGCAAUCGAAGAGACAAUCUCUGAACUUCUGGAUGUUAAGAUUCCCAUGCUGCAAGUUGAAGAAUUCCCAAGGCAAGCUGAACAAGUUCUUAUACAGGCCGAACUCCCAACCAUGGAGAAUGAGAAGCCAGCCAUUCCCGAAUGCUCACUCCAGAAAAGUGUUAGUUCUGGAUGUCUCAACUCAGCAGAUUGGAUGAAUGGAGCUGUCAGGCCGAACUUUCUAGACUUCCAAGGACUGGACUUUGAGGCAGCAUUUGGGUUGAGGAGAGCUUACAGUGAAGGAGACAUUCAGAACCUUGGAGCCAACACGCCUCGACCAGCAGCGAACGCAGCAAACCUUCAGACACCUUGUGAGAGGCUUGUAACCAUCAGUGACCUGAAGACCGAGGAAAGGAAGCAGAAGCUUUCCAGGUAUAGAAAGAAGAAGAUCAAGCGAAACUUUGGCAGGAAGAUCAAGUAUGCUUGCAGGAAGGCUCUGGCAGACAGCCAGCCAAGGGUGCGAGGGAGGUUUGCCAAGAUCGAAGAAUGCGACCUGCUGAAGCCGAGCAUGUAGGCGAUGGCAAAAGCUUCCAUGAAAUCUAGUCGAGAGCGAGCUUGAUGGAGCUUUGGCUUCUAGAAACUUCUAGGUCUGCCACCUUCUGCGCCAGAGGUGGAGAGGCACCGCGUUGCCCAUCGGAAUUCGUUUAGCUGUUCAAUUGAUAUCCUCUCUCUCUCUCGGGCCGCAUUCUAUUCUAUUUCCCCUGUGUAAUAAUAUCCGAUCCUUUGGUGCAAGGGAAUGAAGAGCUGAAAAUGGUAGUCUAGGCCCUGUACAAAGGCUUGAAGAUGGUAAUAAAACUCAGCUCCCCUCUU